CAUGGGCCUGAUGAGCAAAGACGGCCCAUUGUAACUUUAGGUCACAGUAGAGAGAAGGUGGCGGGAGAGAAAAGGUGGGAGAGAAUCAGAGAGUAACCACUAGAAUUGCAAAUGAUAUGAGCUUCAUCAUAGACCAGAACAAGAAGAAGAAGACCAAGCCAGAGUACGACGUGCCGUUUAUUUUGCGUUGGCCGUCGCUAAAGCCCUUUGUGAAUGGCGGACUGGCUGCGUUUCUUCAAGGCUUGACCCUUUAUGUUCCUUUCGCUGCCAUCUACUACUCCCCAUUGUUAUCUCCCAUUCGCCGAAGUCCAAGAUUUCUGGGCUUCAACAUUCUUGCCAAGUCGUGUCCUGAUGGGAUUGUGAUCCGUACUUUAUCUACAAGCCUUCAACUUGGAUUAUUCGAGACUCUAAGAAACAAAGCAAUUGCUACCAAUGAUGGAAUGGCAUUAACUCUUUAUCAGGAAGCUGCUUGCGGGUUGAUUGCCGGGGCAGCUGAGGCAUACUUCAGUUUUCCAUUUGUUUCUGCAUGUCUCCCGCAGGUUGAUCCUACGACUUUAUCAGUAGUGCAGUGUGCCAAAUACAGAAGCAUGUUUGAUGCUAUCUACUCUCUGAGUGCCAAUAAAAAAAUUUCAGCACUAUGGACAAAUGCUGGUCCUUAUGUUAAGACAAGAAUGGGGACUAAUGUGGGUAUGCUCGCAUCAUAUAAUCCAAGCCUCUGUUAUCUCAGGGACUCAUGUGGUUUAAGCGAAGCAAGAGCACAGCUGGGUGCAAGUGUGGUUUCAGCGUUCUUCGGUGCAGCAUGCUCUGUACCAUUAAAAAAUGUUCUAGCACAAGGGGAAAGUGGCUCCUCCCUGGAUUGUGCCCUUAAAAUUCUAAAAUCAAGAGGACCCCUUGCAUUCUUUUCAGGAUUUUCUAGACAGUUUGCACUUGUUGGACCUCCUAUCAUGAUUCUGUGGUUUGCUUAUGAAAAUGUUCGGAAACUCUAACGAUGAUGGAAUUGGACUGGAGCAAUCUAAAUUCAAGAUAUUUAAAUGUGAAGUUGGUAUCCCACAGAUGCUGGCCGAACUCUGGUUAUUGGUAUUAUUGAUGAACUUCGAUUCUGGCCUCAAUAUUUUGGCAGUGAUGAAUGUAAUCAAGCUGUAAAUGAUAUAUCCGUUGCUGGAAACUACUCUUUGACCUUGUUAAUAGGGAGGAGGAACCGACAAGACAAUGUAAAGUAGAUAAUCUUGAUCCAGUAUUUGACGUGUUGUAAUUUUUUUGUUCUGUAUACAAUAGCAGCUUUUUGCUAUACAAUCGCCUAAUCAGUUUAUUAUAAGGAGCUAGAGAAGUGUUUAUUCU